AUGGGCGGGUUGUCCACUUCCUUGCUUUAUAAUGGCAGUAAAUUUAUUGGAAGUCAAAAAAGCAAAGGCAAUAGCUACGAUGUGGAGAUUAUUCUGCAAAACGUAGAUAUGGAGAAUUCUUUCAUAUGUGGCUACUUGACGAUUAAGAACUUAACUGAUGAAUACCCUUAUCUGACAACUUUUUUUGAUGGAGAAAUAAUCGGCAAAAAGUAUCCUUUUCAUACUCGAAAAUGGGAUGCUGAUGAAGAUGUCGAUCGGAAACACUGGGACAAAUUUUCUCCCUUUCUUCAGUUUUCUAAAAAUUUUAACUCUGAUGAUUUUAAUUACGACGAAUUAGCUAACUUGGGCUGUGUAUUUAUGCGUUGGAAGGAACAUUUCUUGGUACCAGAUCACACAGUCAGAGAUAUUAACGGAGCCUCAUUUGCCGGAUUUUAUUAUAUUUGCUUCGAGAAGUCAAAAGCAAAGAUUGAAGGAUACUACUACCAUCGAAAUUCGGAACGGUUUCAAUCUCUCAGUUUGACACACGUGGCUGCAGAUAAUACUACAGUAUAUCAGUUCCGAUAA